CUGUUCCGUUUUCUUCCCCGUUCUCCCGUCGUCCCAUCUCCUCCCCACCCCCAAACCCUAACCGCCUCUCCCCUCCGCCCGCGCCGGCGCCGGCGCCAUGGACGCCAUCGACGCGGAGCUCGCGCGCGCGCAGGAGGAGCGCAAGAAGAUGGAGGAGGCCCUGGCCGCCGGCGCGCCCAUGGCCGUCUCCUCCGUCACCUUCGACACCGACCUCUACGGGGGCGGCGGCUCCGACCCCAACCGCUUCGCCGGCUACGACACCUCCAUCCCGGCCUCCGAGGACGACGCGCCCGAGGACGACUCCGAGCCCGCCAACCCCGCCGCCCGCCGCCUCGCCUCCUACACCGGCCACGCCGUCGCCGCCGCCGACAUCCCCCGCGCCGCCGAGGACGACGGGCUCCCCAAGAAGUCGCAGCGUAUCAUCGACCGCGAGGACGACUAUCGCCGCCGCCGCCUGGCCCGCAUCAUCUCGCCGGAGCGCCACGACCCCUUUGCCGCCGGGGAGGCCACCCCGGACCCCUCGGUGAGGACCUAUGCGGAUGCCAUGCGCGAGAACGAUCUGCAGCGCCAGAAGGAGCAGCUGCUUCGUGACAUAGCUCAGAAGAAGAAGGAGGAGGAGGAGAAGGCGAAGGAGAAGAAGCCUUCCGCUGAGCAACCGGUGGCGGCGACGAAGCGCCGCAAUAGAUGGGAUCAGUCGCAGGAUGGCGACGCUGCUGCUGCCGGAUCCAAGAAGGCAAAGACCUCCUCUGAUUGGGAUGCUCCCGACGCAACUCCUGGAAUUGGGCGCUGGGACGCCACCCCUGGUCGUAUUGGGGAUGCGACACCUUCAGUGAGGAGGAAUAGGUGGGAUGAGACACCAACUCCAGGGAGGAUGGCUGAUGCCGAUGCAACCCCGGCAGCUGGUGGCAUUACUCCAGGCGCCACACCUUCGUGGGAUGCUACUCCUAAGCUGCCUGGUGGGCUUGUCACUCCAACACCCAAGAAGCAGCGAUCGAGAUGGGACGAGACUCCUGCAAGUAUGGGAAGUGCAACACCUGGAGGUGCUGGUGCGACGCCUGCGGGUUACACUCCUGGUCCGACUCCAUUUGGUGGAGAGAACCUUGCCACGCCAACACCUAGCCAGAUCGCUCGUGGUCCGAUGACUCCAGAGCAGUACCAGCUCUUGCGGUGGGAGCGGGACAUCGAGGAGCGGAACAGGCCUCUUACUGAUGAAGAGCUUGACACUAUGUUCCCGCAGGAAGGCUACAAGAUUCUCGAGCCUCCAGCUUCAUACCAGCCCAUACGCACACCAGCAAGAAAGCUUCUCGCUACACCGACACCAUUGGGAACACCAUUGUAUGCUAUUCCUGAAGAGAAUCGUGGGCAGCAGUUUGAUGUGCCCAAGGAGUUGCCUGGGGGGUUGCCCCUCAUGAAGCCAGAGGAUUACCAGUACUUUGGAACAUUACUGAAUGAGGAUGAGGAGGAGCAGCUAUCUCCAGAGGAACAGAAGGAGAGGAAGAUCAUGAAGCUCCUGCUCAAGGUGAAGAAUGGCACACCCCCACAGCGAAAGACAGCACUUCGACAGCUCACAGACAAAGCACGGGAAUUUGGUGCUGGCCCACUGUUCAACAAGAUUCUACCCUUGCUCAUGCAGCCAACACUUGAGGACCAGGAGCGGCAUCUUCUGGUGAAGGUCAUUGACAGGGUACUGUAUAAGCUGGAUGAGCUAGUCCGUCCAUUUGUGCAUAAGAUUCUUGUGGUCAUUGAGCCACUUCUUAUCGAUGAGGACUACUAUGCCCGUGUUGAGGGACGAGAGAUCAUCUCAAAUCUUAGCAAAGCUGCUGGUCUUGCUACUAUGAUUGCUGCCAUGAGACCAGAUAUUGAUAACAUUGAUGAAUAUGUGAGAAAUACCACUGCUAGAGCAUUCAGUGUGGUGGCUUCUGCUUUGGGCAUUCCUGCCCUCCUGCCAUUCUUGAAAGCUGUCUGUCAGAGUAAGAAGUCUUGGCAAGCUCGGCACACUGGUAUCAAGAUUGUUCAACAGAUUGCUAUUCUUAUGGGCUGUGCUGUUCUGCCUCAUCUCAAGUCACUAGUUGAGAUCAUUGAGCAUGGUCUUAGUGAUGAGAACCAGAAAGUGAGGACAAUCACUGCCCUUUCUCUUGCUGCACUUGCUGAGGCUGCUGCACCAUAUGGCAUAGAAAGUUUUGAUACUGUUUUGAAGCCUCUGUGGAAGGGUAUUAGAUCUCACCGCGGAAAAGUUCUUGCUGCCUUCUUGAAAGCUAUUGGUUUUAUCAUUCCUCUUAUGGAUGCACUGUAUGCCAGUUACUACACAAAAGAGGUCAUGCAAAUCCUGAUUAGGGAGUUCCAGUCACCAGAUGAAGAGAUGAAGAAGAUCGUCCUCAAGGUCGUUAAACAGUGUGUCAGUACAGAGGGUGUAGAGGCUGAUUAUAUCCGGAAUGACAUCCUUCCGGAUUUUUUCCGUCACUUUUGGGUUAGGAGAAUGGCUCUAGACCGCAGGAACUAUAAGCAGCUUGUGGAAACAACGGUAGAGAUGGCAAAUAAGGUUGGAGUUGCUGAUAUUGUUGGAAGGAUUGUUGAGGAUCUGAAAGAUGAAAGUGAACCGUACAGGAGAAUGGUGAUGGAAACAAUUGAGAAGGUGGUGGCUAAUUUGGGUGCUUCAGAUAUUGAUCCUCGUUUGGAGGAGCUUCUUAUUGAUGGCAUCUUGUAUGCUUUCCAAGAGCAGACAAGUGAUGAUGCAAAUGUCAUGCUUAAUGGUUUCGGAGCUGUUGUCAAUGCAUUGGGACAGAGGGUCAAGCCUUACCUUCCUCAGAUUUGUGGUACCAUUAAGUGGCGGUUGAACAACAAGAGUGCAAAAGUUAGGCAGCAAGCCGCUGAUCUGAUCUCAAGAAUAGCCAUUGUGAUGAAGCAGUGCCAGGAGGAGCAGCUUAUGGGUCACUUGGGUGUUGUACUGUAUGAGUAUUUGGGAGAGGAGUACCCUGAGGUGCUGGGUUCAAUUCUUGGAGCACUGAAAGCCAUUGUGAAUGUUAUUGGUAUGACAAAGAUGACACCGCCAAUCAAGGAUCUUCUCCCUCGGCUGACUCCCAUCUUGAAGAAUAGGCACGAGAAAGUCCAGGAGAACUGCAUUGAUCUAGUUGGUAGGAUUGCUGAUCGUGGAGCUGAAUUUGUGCCUGCCAGGGAGUGGAUGAGGAUUUGUUUUGAGCUUCUUGAAAUGUUGAAGGCUCACAAGAAGGGUAUUAGAAGAGCCACUGUGAACACAUUUGGUUAUAUUGCGAAGGCUAUUGGGCCACAGGAUGUGUUAGCCACUCUGUUGAAUAACUUAAAGGUGCAGGAACGGCAAAACCGUGUCUGCACGACUGUCGCGAUUGCCAUUGUUGCUGAAACCUGCUCACCUUUUACAGUUUUGCCUGCCCUGAUGAAUGAGUACCGAGUCCCAGAGCUCAAUGUUCAGAAUGGUGUCCUGAAGUCUCUCUCUUUCCUCUUUGAGUAUAUUGGCGAGAUGGGUAAAGAUUACAUAUACGCUGUUACUCCCUUGCUUGAAGAUGCUCUAAUGGACAGAGAUCUGGUUCACCGGCAAACUGCUGCCUCUGCUGUGAAGCACAUGGCUCUAGGUGUUGCUGGCUUGGGUUGUGAGGAUGCUCUUGUCCAUUUGCUCAACUAUGUCUGGCCCAACAUAUUUGAGACAUCUCCCCAUGUAAUCAAUGCUGUCAUGGAGGCGAUCGAGGGGAUGAGAGUUGCUCUUGGUCCAGCUGUAAUCUUGAAUUACUGCCUUCAAGGCCUUUUCCAUCCAGCAAGGAAAGUACGUGAAGUAUAUUGGAAAAUCUACAACUCACUAUAUAUUGGUGCACAAGAUGCACUUGUGGCUGCUUAUCCUGCACUGGAUGAUGAUGGGGAUAACAUCUACAGCCGUCCAGAGCUGGCGAUGUUUGUCUGGUUUGUUGCUUCUGAAGGGGGUGCAAUGUUUAGGAUAUUUUCCCCUGGUUUACUUGUAAUGAUAAAUGCUACCUAUUCUGAUGCACUGAUCUUUUUGUUACUUGUUUUGUUUACAGGGUAUUUUGGUCCGCGCCCCGCGCUUCCGGUGCGGCUUGCUGCUUCCGCCCGUCGGUCGCCGGCGAUGACGCCGCCGCCGGUGGUCUCCGGCGAGAGGACCGUCGUCCUCCUCUUCGUGGCCCGCGUCGCGCUCGCGGCGCCGGCCCACCUCGGCGCCCCGAUCGCGGUCCUCGCCGCGGCCGCGCUCUCCGUCGAGCUCGCCGUGGAUGGCUACUCCUCCUCCGCCGCCGGCGCCGCCUCGUCCCCGCUCCGCCGGUUCAGGACCAGGCCAGGUGCUUCGUCAGGCAUACUUCUUGGUGCCACCACUCUGCCUAGUGUCAUGCUUUCACGGUUAAUUCAACUUUCUAGAGUCUUGCUGACAGAUCCUAAUGGACGUGAUGAUUAUGCAUACCUUGAAAUGCAGUACUGGGCAGUGUCUGUCAGCUGCCUCAGUGUGUUAGCAUUCUUAGUUUGGCAUAUGUGGCAGUCUCCCAGCACUGAAAUUUCUAAAGCUUCAAAAUAUGGCUUGCUGCUCAUCAUUUUAUACCCCCUGGCGUACUUGUUCUACUUUUUACUGAAGGGUGAUGGAGGUCUGUUGGUGAUGAGCAAUUUGGUGUAUUUGCUCUGUCAUGGAGCGGCUGCUGUUAUCUUAAUCAAGCAUAUUCUAGAGAAGUUCCCUUCAUGUUCAUCUUUUGGGGAAGCCAUUUUGGUCUCAAGUGGCCUUGUUCUUUACUGUGGUGAUAUGCUGGCUCAAAUUCUUUCAAAGAUGGAGUUCUCUGUAUCAGCAGAAGCAUUUAUUCACAUUGCUGGAAGUCGAAGCGAGAUAGGCGCAGUUAUUCAGGGGGUUUUGCUUGCUCUUUUUCUACUCCCCUUGUUAUACAAAAGUUCCCUUCAAGUUUUGACCUACUGUAGAAAAUCGGAGAAACGAAGUUCCCAAACAGUUGGGGAAUGCAUACAAAAGAGAAUUGACUGUGUUGUAUUUUAUGUCUCAUUGUUGGUAGCACUGUCGUUGUUAGUGCCAUCAUGGACACGCCUUGUUCAAGGCUUUGAAGUGCAUCCAUUUGUUUGGGUUUUUAACUAUAUCUUCACAGAUUCACGUGAACGGCUUGCUUUAUGUGCAUACUGGAUAUUUGUCAUAUAUGUAUCAAUUAGAAGGUUCUACAGUAUAUCAAAACAAAGCAAAACAGAGCGGAUCCUUUUGCGCAAAUACUACCAUCUUGUUGCUGUCCUGAUUUUCUCUCCUGCAGUAAUAUUUCAGCCUGAUUUCUUGGACUUAGCAUUUGGUGCAGCAUUUGCAGUUUUCUUAAUAUUGGAGAUGAUUCGAGUUUGGGAAAUAUACCCCCUUGGGCAUAUUGUGCAUCAAUUUAUGAAUGCCUUCACUGAUCACCGUGAUUCGGAGACUCUAAUUGUUAGUCAUUUCUCACUCUUGCUGGGAUGCGCACUUCCUAAAUGGAUGUCAUCAGGAUUCAAUGACCGUCCCCUUACCCCUUUUGCUGGAAUUCUCAGCCUGGGGAUAGGUGAUACCAUGGCAUCAAUGAUAGGUUAUAAGUACGGUGUCCUAAGAUGGAGCAAGACGGGAAAGAAAACUAUUGAGGGAACAGCAGCAGGUAUAACUUCUGUGUUAGCAGCCUGCUCAAUCCUGCUGUCACUCUUAGCUUCAAGUGGAUACAUUCUUUCACAGCAUUGGCUAUCACUUUUGGUAGCCGUAACAUUGAGCGGAUUGUUGGAGGCGUAUACAGCACAGCUUGAUAAUGCCUUCAUACCCCUUAUGUUUUAUAGUCUCUUAUGUCUAUAGGAUUAGUUGUACAGCAAACUGACCUUGAGUCCCCUCUUUGCUUUACAACUAAUGUGUAGUGACUACUGACAAGUGAAAAAUAGUAUAUAUAUAGGUGUAGCCCUUGAUAUAUAUAUAUUCAAUCCUCUUAUUGGUCUCAUUCUUUGCAUUCCUGGAUCCAGAAGCUGUACCCGUUACUAUCUUUGUAUUCAUGGAUCCAGAAGUUGUGUCCGUCACUAAAAUGUGAGUUUAGGUUUAGGACAUAAAGAUGAAAAAAAUAAAGGUUAUUUAGUAAAUCGUUCAGUAGAGAGCAUCUUUGGUAUGAUGGACUUUUGAGCUUGUCUGGAGGCGACAAGGCGUCAAUGCAUCAUGGAAAGAUAUGUUGUCUUCAGAACUUAUUGUGCAGGUGGUGAUACCUGUUUCACCCCAGGAGCAACUGAGCAAGAACAGCAAGGUGAUAACCAUGCUGCGGUCUUGCAACUGCAAUGAGACAGAAAUAGAGACUUGCUGAUUCAGAGUUAUAUGCUAGCUUCUUUCCAUGUGUAAGCCAAGUGUAAUUAGUUGUAGUAGCUCAUCUGCCUUUAAACCUAUGGAUCUCCUGUAAGGUUUUUUCAUCAUCACUGUACGGAGUAAAAGACCACUAUUGUAGUACAUAGAUUGCAAUCAUACAUUGUUGUAAUUUGGUUCUUUAUCGGGGAAAAAUAAAAAUCAAAGUAAGCAAAGCUGCAUUGAGUUGAGGCUUUCGUGUU